AUGCCUGAGUCUGCGGCACCGUCCCUACCACCUCCCCGCCGAGUUGUGACCGGCCACAACACCAACGGCCAAGCAACAGUGGCUGUCGACUCGCACCUUACGCCCCAGCCCGCGGGGAAUGGCAACAACAUGACGAUACUAUGGUCGACGAGCGAGCAUCCCGCAAACGUCGGUGAAUUAGAAGAUGCAGCGCUAUCGGCGCCAAGCUGGCCACCCAAGGGCUCUGGAAUAAACGCUUAUGAUAUCCCCCCCAAAACAGAGGGAGUGUUCCAUCGGUCUAUCACGCUCGACUACGUGAUAGUGGGCAAGGGAAGUGUCGUUCUGGGCCUGGAGGAUGGCUCGAAAGUGGCGUUGAGUGAGGGUGACGUGGUCGUCCUGCAAGCAACGAUGCAUGGCUGGAGCAACACAACCGACCAGUGGGCACGGCUCUACGGCAUGAUGGUCCCAGCACAAGCGCCUAUUGUGAAUGGAGAAGAGCUCAAGGAGGAUUGGCCUUUCUAA